AUGCACCACUUCACGAAGAAACUCGCGGACGGGAUCCACAAAAAGGUCGACCAGUUGGACUUUGGCAGGAGCAGGCCCUCGCUCUCGCGCAUAUUUUCCCCUCGUCCGGACGAGGGGAGCAGCAGCAUCACCCAGAUCAGCGAAGAAGUGCUCUAUCGCUACAGGAAGCAGAGAGGUGUGAAUUUAGGCUCGUGGUUCGUCCUCGAGCGCUGGAUAUCAGAAGAGCCUUUCCGUUUCGCCGCUGCUCCUGGACAGAGCGACCUCGACGUUGCUAGAGGACAAAACGCAAAAGAGGUGCUCGAGCACCAUUGGGACAGCUGGAUUACAGAGAGCGACUGGGACUGGAUCUCGGAACGUGGUAUCAACACAGUGCGCAUUCCGAUCGGCUACUACCACCUUUGUGGCAUCGACCGGUCGGUGCUAGACCGCACGGAGUUCAAGGACUUCUACCAUGUCUUUUCGGGCGCCUGGACUCGCAUUGUUAUGGCCAUCGAGGCAGCACACCGACACGACAUAGGCGUGCUACUUGACCUCCACGCUGCACCAGGGAAACAGAACAAUGACGCGCACGGCGGGACCUCGAACCCACCGACUUUUUUCUCCAACUCUCGUAACAGAGAUCACGCCGUGAACGUCUUACAUAUUCUGCUUCGCACCCUGAACCACGUCUGCCAGACGCACGAGCCGCGCCUUACGAACGUGGUCGGCAUCGAGCUGCUGAACGAGCCACACCCGCCGUCCGACACCGCGCUCAAGGACUGGUACACCACCGCGAUCAACAAGCUCUCGGGCGACGACCCGACGAUGCCCCUCUACCUCGGCGAAUGCUGGCGCACGGACAGCUACGCCAAGUACCUCAAGUCGCUCUCGUCAUCCACGUCGACGCUCCUCGUGCUCGAUCAUCAUCUGUACCGCUGCUUCACAGGCUCUGACAUCACGACCACGGCCAUGCAGCACGCGGGCGCGCUCGCGGACCCGAACGCGCAAACCCCGCAGAUGCUCGCGCGCAUCUCGGAGCAGCUGUCCACCGCGGGCUGCGGCAUUGUCAUCGGCGAGUGGAGCGGCGCGCUCAACCCUGGAUCACUCACGGGCCAGACGGACGAACAGCGCUCGUUCGUGCACGCGCAGCUGGAUUUAUUCGAGCGGUAUUGUGCCGGGUGGUUCUUCUGGACUUACCGCAAAGGACAGGGUCGUGAUGAGGGGUGGUCGCUGAGGGAUGCGGUAUCUGGAGGGGUCUUUCCCGGCUGGAUAGGUCUGCGCGCGAACCGUCUAAGCUCCUCGUGUUCAUCAUCUGAAAAGGCGCUAGAACUCACACAUUCCGCCACAGAUGCCCACUCUUCGUAUUGGUCGCAGUAUCCAGGUUCGUCGAUGUUCGCAGAGGGUUUCGCCCUUGGCUGGGACGACGCCUAUACCUUCUUUACAUCCUCCGCCUGGCGGCCAGGGAUGGCAGUGUCGGAACUCGGCUUCAAGGGCGCCUGGGCGAAGCGCAGGACGCAAGACCAUGGAAAAUCAUUUUGGGAGUUCGCGCACGGAUUCAACCAAGGCGCGGACGCGGCGCGCAACGACUUCAUGCAAUUCUACAGUCAGUGA